CGUCACUGGCCAGGCCAGCCGGCGCCAUUUUGAAAGUGGAGUCGCCUGCCCUGCCGCUGCCGCCGCCGCCGUCGCUGUCGUAGCCGCCGCCGCCGCCGCUGGAGAAAGAACAAGAGUGGGGAAGACCAAGAGUGAAAUCCACCAUCCCGCCGGCUGGUUUGCCAGCCCCUCCUUCCUUCUCCCCCGACCCCCGCCCCCUCCCCCCACAGGUGCCAUCCGCCGCCAUCCGCCCUCUCUACCCCCCCAUCCCCAGGUGAGGGGGGUGAGUUCAGGAAGCGGAGACCCCGAGGAACCCAGCAGGGUCACCAUUUGCAGCGCAACAUGGCAGGAGCUGGAGGAGGGAAUGAUAUUCAGUGGUGUUUUUCUCAGGUGAAAGGAGCAGUAGAUGAUGAUGUAGCAGAAGCAGAUAUAAUUUCUACAGUAGAAUUUAAUCAUUCUGGAGAAUUACUAGCAACCGGAGAUAAAGGUGGUAGAGUCGUCAUCUUUCAACAGGAGCAGGAGAACAAAAUCCAGUCUCAUAGCAGAGGAGAAUAUAAUGUUUACAGCACCUUUCAGAGCCAUGAACCAGAGUUUGACUACUUGAAAAGUUUAGAAAUAGAAGAAAAGAUCAACAAAAUUAGGUGGUUACCCCAGAAAAAUGCUGCUCAGUUUUUAUUGUCUACCAAUGAUAAAACAAUAAAAUUAUGGAAAAUCAGUGAAAGGGACAAAAGACCAGAAGGGUAUAACUUGAAAGAGGAAGAUGGAAGGUAUAGAGAUCCUACUACAGUCACUACACUACGUGUGCCGGUCUUUAGGCCCAUGGAUCUAAUGGUUGAGGCCAGUCCACGACGAAUAUUUGCCAAUGCUCAUACAUAUCACAUCAACUCAAUUUCUAUUAAUAGUGAUUACGAAACGUAUUUAUCUGCAGAUGAUUUGCGGAUUAAUCUUUGGCACCUGGAAAUUACAGACAGGAGUUUUAAUAUUGUGGAUAUCAAGCCUGCCAAUAUGGAGGAGCUGACAGAGGUGAUUACAGCAGCAGAAUUCCAUCCAAACAGUUGUAACACAUUUGUAUACAGCAGCAGUAAAGGAACUAUUCGGUUAUGUGACAUGAGGGCAUCCGCCCUCUGUGAUAGGCAUUCUAAACUGUUUGAAGAACCUGAAGAUCCGAGUAACAGGUCUUUUUUUUCUGAAAUCAUCUCUUCAAUUUCUGAUGUAAAAUUCAGCCAUAGUGGUCGAUAUAUGAUGACUAGAGACUAUUUGUCAGUCAAAAUUUGGGACUUAAAUAUGGAAAACAGGCCUGUGGAAACAUACCAGGUGCAUGAAUACCUCAGAAGUAAACUUUGUUCACUAUAUGAAAAUGACUGCAUAUUUGACAAAUUUGAAUGUUGUUGGAAUGGAUCUGACAGUGUUGUCAUGACUGGAUCUUACAAUAAUUUCUUCAGAAUGUUUGACCGGAACACAAAGCGAGACAUAACCCUAGAAGCAUCACGGGAAAACAAUAAACCUCGCACAGUUCUGAAGCCACGCAAAGUGUGUGCAAGUGGCAAGCGAAAGAAAGAUGAAAUAAGCGUUGACAGCCUAGACUUCAACAAGAAAAUACUUCAUACAGCCUGGCACCCCAAGGAAAAUAUCAUUGCUGUAGCUACUACAAACAAUCUGUAUAUAUUUCAAGACAAAGUGAAUUAGGGUUGGCAUUCCUAGCAGAAGAGCCCACUUCCUGCUUAGUUGAGAUAGUUGAAUCUAGCAUUCAUACUUAAAAAAGAGAGGUCCAUUGUGGCGCCCCUUUUCCAGUGUUUGACAAUGUGCCAUUCGACAACACAUUUUUAAUAGCUACAUGGAGAAAGCUCUGUGGAUUCCUCACUGUGGUGUUCUCCAUGUCUGCUAGCCAUUUAGGUAAGGGUAGGGCACUUUUAAUUUAAAUGACUUCUUGCACCAUCUUGCCUAAUGGACUAGAUUGGACUGUAUCAACAUUGAUUUACUCCACUUUUUAUGCCUUCCAUUGUGAUGACGUCAAACACAAGUGAAAGCCUUCAGUCAUGCUUAUGGGAUUUAAUUGUGUAUCCUCAUUACUGUAUCAUUUGUGGGGUACACCCCUCCCCCCUUUUUUAAAUUAAAUACAGCUCAUUCUUACUGUGGCUUGUAGCAUUCCUCCUCUUCUGGCCUCCUGGACUCUUCCCCUUCAUCUCUCUUACCCUUGCCCCUCCACCCAGUCUUGGUGGUGGUAUAAAAAAGGAAAGAACGAAAGCACACAAAACGAGUCAGUUUGGGGUCAGUGGUAAAGGGGGUAUAUGUUGCGAACAAAUGUUUUAAUAACAGUUGGCUGUAAUCACUCCUUGCCAUGUCUGGCACUGAAAAUAAGGAAAAAAAAAAACUACUACUGAAUAAACGUGACAAAGAAUGGAGAA